AUGCUGGUGACCUAUUUGGAAGCCAGCCAGGACCUUUACGAGAAGGACUCAAUUCUUUUUGACAUCGCACUGGCAGUUUGCCGUAUUAUUGGCGCCAAACUUCCCAUGGCUGGACGCGCUACUAAACAAAGUAGCGCCAUCCCAGCCUGGAGAAAAAGAAUUGAGGGACGUAUCGCAAAGGCAAGGGCCUUUAUCGGCAGACUGACAAGCUUCAGGUCGGGUAAUAAUAGACCGAGGGUUGUGCGCACCGUUAGAAUGGCGUUUGCUGGGACAAAUAUCAGUUUGUCCAAGCCGGAUAUCACGCAGAAACUAACGGAGCGCGUAGACGACCUGAAGCAAGAGAUCGCUGCUUGGAGGAAGCGGAUCCGGCGAUUUACCGAGAGGUCAAGGCGGUUUAACCAGAAUCAUCUCUUCCAGAGUGAUCAGAAGAGGCUCCAUAAAUCAUUGGAGCGACCAGUGGUAUGUGCAGCGGGCCCAGGACCGGAUCAGGCUAACACUGUCGCAUUUUGGCGUAGCCUGUGGUCAGAGCCCGUAAACCACAGCGAAAGCGCUUGGAUGGAAGUUGUGGCGAGCCAGAGUGCGAAUGUUAUGCCUAUGGACCCCGUCACUAUAACGCCGGAAGACGUGGAUGAGGCGGUUCGUAGGGCCUCGAACUGGAAAAGUCCAGGGCUCGACGGGCUGCAUCAUUACUGGCUAAAGAGGUUCGUAGUGUGUCACGCUGUGCUCGACCGACAGUUUCAAGAGGCUCUCGAUCAGAAGUCGCUCCCGAGCCUCUUUACUACUGGGAUCACUCACUUGAUUCCUAAAGAUCAGGAUACCACAAACCCGAGCAAAUCCGCCCCAUCACGUGUCUACCCACCAUAUAUAAGACACUGA